GUCGAAAGGUCAGUUCUCUUGAAAUUGCGUGUUUUUUCUUACGUUAGAUAUACGCGGCAAGUGUCAUUGUAGUGUUAGUGGAAAUAAACCUUUCGGCGUUUCCAUGGUUGUUAACGUAUUAUCCGUACUAACUAGUUUCGAAACACAUAACAUAUGCACCUGAGUGUGGAGUUUCGAUUUCGGUCGAUGGAUACUGAAGCUGAAUUCCUUCGAGUAUGGAAGUCAUUUCGAUUCAAGGUGAUUUUAGUUUUGUAGUUUUUAGUGCAUUGGUUAAAUUACUCAACGGUAAUUAAAAAAAAAAAGGCAAAUGGCGCUUUGGAACAACACUGAACAAAAACACAAUUUGCUAUUAAUAGUAUAUAUGAAAUGGUUUUGAUACGAGGAGUCAUUAAAUUUUCCCGUUAGGGACAGUGAUGAAUCUUUUUCGGCAUGUGCAUUUUAUGAACGUCAGCCCGCAUCAUAUCUUCCAUCAUAAUAUACAUUUACAAUUAACGGUAAAAUUUCCGCAUAGCCCCAUACUAUUGUAAAACAAAUCUGGUUUCCCAAUGGCAAUGUAUUGUUUUUGUCAUUGUUUUCUCAAUCCAAGAAUUGAAUGCAUAAUGUAGUAUGGGGCUGUGCGGAAAUUUUACCUUAUUGCAAAGCUAAGACCUUCACAUCUGUUUAUCUCUACAUGCACUGCCCCCUUACAUCAAGAUAAGGCUAGUAAAUGAAAUACUCAUUAAUAAUAGGCAGCAUGUGAGAAAAAAAAGCCAAGCAUCAUGAGAAUUGACUGCAAUAUGAAUAAACUGAUGCAUCUUGGGUGGGUCUGCUUGUAAAUUCCUACGUUAACUCUUCCCAUUUAAGCUUCUGUGAACUAGACAAAAAUCAUCAAGAUGAUCUUCUGGAAUCACAAAGGUAGUCUGAGCAAUUUUCAUAUACAUGUCAAAAGUAAUCUGGGAUUGCUUUGGUUUAUGCCUUCAUACCCCUUAACAUAUACAAUUUUUCCAAAGAAGUGUAUCAAAGUACUUUCUUAACCAAGCAGAUUCAAAACUUAAACCAUGCAAUCAUGCAUAUAUCAACAGUCAGUUUUCCCAAGCUUUGAGCACUUUUCUUGUUUUCUUGUUGUUUAUGUCUUAUUUUACCUGAUUAAACCCUUGAUUAUCAGUUCACUAUGAUGUGAUUUUCCUUGUUGCUUUGAUUGGCUGUUUUGAUUGCUAUCAAUCAGUGUUUUGCUUUUAUGACAGUCAAGUUUUAAAAAUGCCCCCUUAUGAAAAUAAUUAUAUUUGAAAUUCGUAAUGUUCAUAAAUCUUUGGUCAAUAACUCUUCUACAAAAGGCAAUUGACUAUUUAAGCCCAAAAGUAAAUUUCAAUCGGCUGAUAGAGUAUUUUCUUAUUAUUGAUCCAAUGUAUAUGUAUGUGUGUGUGUGUAUACAUACAUGCAUAUCUAUAUGUGUGUGUGUGUGUGUGUAGAUAAGCAUUUUUACUUCAAGUUCUUUGAUGUGGAAAGUCUUCAUUCUACUCCUUUAAACUCCUUCACAUUCCUCACUGAGCCCCCUAAAAGGAAGCCAAUUGUUAGUUGUAUGGGUAAAACUAUACAUAUAUUUUAAGUAUAGUGCUGUGAUAUAAGAAUGCAAGACAAACACCACGAAUCGGCAGAAUGCUUCCUUUUUGAUGAGGUCCUUAAAUUAAUGGCAAUUAAUGUACAAUCUUACUUAAAAAAUCACACCAUGAUCUACACAGUCAUCCCUAAUGACUAAUUUUUUAUGACCUGACUUUUCAGGAAAUUUCACAAUACUGAGACCUGAGAAACCAGUGCUUCAUGCUUUUGGUUGGCCAAAUCCUACUUGUGUAACAGCUUCUGUAAAAACCAUAGACAUGGAUGAAAUAGUCAGCUAUGCAGAUUUGUUUCUUGGAGAAUGCUGUCCAGAUGAUUCAUUUAAUCCCAGUGGGAAAUGUUCUUCAAAUAUGACAGGUCUUAUUCAAGGUGGCAGAUGCCUUCAUAAUGAAGAUGAUUCACGUUCAUUGACUGACAAAGUUCUUAACUGCACUGUUUGUAACAACUCGCAAAUGUGUGAAUUUUUUAAGUGGUUGUCAAAAAAGAAAACGGUCUGUGUAUAUUUCAAGGUGACCACUCUAAAUGGCUCUGUUUGUCCUUCUUGUUUUUGCAGGAGCUAUCUUGAUAUUCGUAAGUACGCUGAUUUUCUUUUCUGUUCUUUACCUGAUAUACUGUAUUUCCUCAAAUAAGCACUCAGCUCUAAUAAGUGCACUCCCUAGAAGAAGCAUCCACCUCCUAGGUCAUGACACCAAAUUAGUGCCCCCCCCCCCCAUUUCCUCCUUUUCUUAACUGAAAUAGUAGCAGUACAUGGAAAACCUCUUUAAUAUAUUUCUAACCUAUUAAGAUUGACUUCGCCCAAAUCAGUACAGGAUAGUAAUUUCCUUACAAGUGCCCCCUUUGAUUAAGCACCUUCCUUCCUGUUCAGCAGAAAAAUUUUAAAUGAGUACCCAGGUGCUAAUAUUCAAGGUUUCUUUAAAUUUAAACAGUCAGCUUCGUAGUUUAAAAUUAAUGCAUGCACACCCAGUGUAUAAUUACAAUAGUCCAUUUUACAGUUGUAUGCUUGAUUGCCAGGCCUUUGAACAGGAGUGAGGCUAAGGGUGACCUUGUUAUGAUACAAACCUUGCUGCUUUUGAAAUGCAAAUUAAUUUGUUAUCAUGCUAACUAGAUUCUGGUCUCUAACACAACAAGGUCACCUUCAGCCUCACUCCAAAUCAAAGGCUUGGCAACUAAGUACACAACUGUAAAAUGCCCUAUUGGAAUGCUUUUUUCUGCUAUAUUGAAUUCUGUUUUUAAUGUGAAGAAUUCUUAAAAAUGUCAAAUUAGCCCUCUUUGUUGAACAUUCAUAUGAUAAGGCAACUGAAACGUCUUAACUCUUUAACAGAAGUGAUUUAAAUGAAACUUCUCCUUGCAAUUCCAAUCAGUUAUCUUGUAAACGGGUUUUUUAGAAUGAGACCUGCAUAUUUUCAUGUCUAAUUUACAAGGAAAGGUGUAGCAGUAAGAAGGGAGAAUUAUUAAGUGGAUCUUGGGAGUUAAAAGGUUAAAUUAUUCCCCUGUGGGAGGGAGGUGCCCCUGCCAAUGUUCAGCAUGCUGGACUCUUGAUUCAAACUUGAAAUUCAAUAUGCUGUAAACGAGUCUAUUGCUCAUUGUGGUGGUAAGCAAUAAUAAACUGUUUCAUUGUUUGUCUCAUGAUGUAAUCACUUGUGAUGAAGAUUGCGACCUUUUGACUGCUUACUGGUGGUCUUCAUCAAGCAAUGGAGUUGGAUACUCAUGCAUUACUAUUUACAUCAUGGCGAUCUGAUGUGAUUGACAGAUUUUAAUCCCCAAUGUUCCAGUGAGUUCUGGUUUUCCAAGAGGUCUGACUCUAAGUUGUUUUCUUGCUGGUUUAAUGUUGUACCAGUCUCCUGUUGUGUUUCUUGAUUGUUGGUAUCCAUGCUUCAGGAAUUUUGAUUCCAUUAUCCCUGUUGAUGUUAUCAGGGUGAAGUCUUCUGUGGAUAGCUACCUUGACUCUUCUGGUGUACCAUUGUGAAUCUCAAUCAAUAAACUUUACUUUGUUCCAAAGCAGGUGGAGGCCAGUCAUGUUAGCAUUCUCAGAAAUGGCAGAGGUCUGGGUACAGAUUAAACAUAUAUCUCUCUCAAGUUCUUUCAUCCUCUCUUGCAUAGGUCUUCCCAUUUCACUAAUGUAGAUUAAUUGCUGCAUUCACAGAAAAUUCUGUAAACCACACUGUCCUGUCUAGCUGGAUUGACACUGUCCUCUGGUCUUACCAAAUUUGAUCUAAGUGUCGUGUGGGGCUUGAAUACUGUGGGGAUGCCUUGUUGUUGCAGGCAUUAUGUCCAAAGGGCUCUGAUACACCUUUUACGUAGGGCAAAACCACUGUGGACUUGAACUGCAUCACAGGCUCUCUGCAUGGGGAAGAGUUUCUUGUUUUUGUAACCUUCUGUACAAAGGAGAAGGGAUAACCAUUGGAAAUUAGAAUUGAUGACAAAAUUUAAUGUUUCUUUUCCUUGGAGAUGUUAGGUUAGCUAAGAUGUCAGUGCUGAUUGGGACUGGACCAUACAAGCUCCUUAAGAAAGAUCCAAAAGUACAUGAGAGGAGACUCCACUCAGAUAACAUCAACAGGGAUAAUGGAAUCAAAAUUCCUGAAGCAUGGAUACCAAUGAUCAAGAAACAACAGGAGACUGCUACAACAGCAAACUGCCAAGGGAAUAACUUGGAGUCUGCAGACCUCUUCAAAAACCAGAACUCACUGGAACAAAAUCGAAAUCUCAUAUCGCAUUAGAAUGCUGUGAUACAAAUGGUAACGCGUGAGCAGUUGACCCCAUCGCCCGAUGAAUACUAGCAGAAAGCAGUUGAAAUGUUGUGAUCUACAUCUUAACUGACCACAUCCUGAGACAAAUGAUCAAACCGUUUAUUAUACAUUUGUUAUAAAUCACAAUAAUCACAACCUGGCUUCAUGGUAAAAUACUAUCAUAUUAGUGUCAAUGUGAUACUGAACGGAUUGAACAAUGCGCUACAUGAUCUUCUCGCAUAUUACUUAAUUGUUUUGUUCUCCCUUCAAUUUGUAGUAGUUAUCCCUCCAGUUAGGAGUCUACAACUUCUUCCAGUCUCACGGAGGAAACUAACAGUUCUCUGGGAAAGGCCAGAAGGAAUACAUAGUGAAACACUCACCUAUAAAGUGAUUCUUCGUGACCACUUGGGGAAAUGCCAAGGGAACAUGGAGGUACAUUAUCAGACUUGCUUUCAGCAAUUUAAGAUGAAUGCCAGUGAUACCUGCCUAAUACCCUUUAACUCCAAUGAGUGACCAAGACAGAAUUUCUCCUUACAACAUAAACACAAUAUUAUAUGAAGCAGAAAAGUUAAAGGAGACUUAAAGAGGAACAUCAAUUAGAAGAUUCUUAGUUGAUCCAAUCUCAAAUCCUCCAAACUAGCAUGAUAAGAAUUUUACGGCAUACAUUAUUAAGGAGAAUUACUAAUUGGAUCUUUGGAGUGAAAGGAUUAACAGAUUAAGUCCUUGUAAGCUUUAAGUUUGUAAAAGUGAAUGGGUCUAUUAUCUGCAAUAUCAGGCAUGUGCCUUUCCCUUUCCCUUUUUUCAUUUGAUAUUUCAUACAAUGAACAGGCAAUAACUUUUCACCUGACUUCAUUCUUCUCCAAUGUUUUUUACAAGCUUACAAACAUGUCUUAACAAUAGUUUGAUUGUUUACAUCCAUGUUACAAGACCAGAUCAACUUUUACAUACAGACAUGUAACUCUUACACCCCAUGAUGGCCCUCCGGGAUCUCCCUGCACUUACACCCCAGGAUGAUUACUAUUAACUUUUCACAGGGCAAAAGUAUGUAGCUUUUUGAGUGAAAUGUGUCCUUUUACAUACUCAAGAGUUAGUUAUUUGCCUAUUUAUUUCAUUGUUAUUUUUUUCAAGCAGGAAGUGAUGGACAAUGUUCAAGGCAAUAAGACAAAAAAUGCAUUUAGCUUUACUAAUCUAAUGCCAUGGUCCAGCUAUUCAGUCAUUGUAUGUCCUUCCAUGAGGACAAUAAAUGUAAACAAGACAACUUGCACCUGCGGUGAUUACCAGCAUCAACCUGAAGGGCCAGUCUUCAACCAAACAUUACCUGAAGGUAAAAUAUACGUUGUCUGUGUCAUAGGUACAUUUUAUUUUAGGAAAUUUAUUAAUAGAACUGGUAAAAAUUAUCCUUAGUUGCUGUUGUGAUGUUAUUUCAAAUUAAUUAUCAGUUGAAAUUGAAGGCAAAUAACCUUAUAAAUAAGAGUAAUUGUAUGCUAUUUUUUAAAUUAAUUUCAAAUUACAAAGUUCACCUUCAGACAAAGUUUUCUACUCCUCGGCCAAAAGAAAACUAUUAUUAAAUAUCCUAAACUGUAUUAUUAUUAUUAAUAAUGAUAAUUAAGGUCUGCUUGGUGAGGACUCAGCCAGGGUAUGUAAACAGCGCUAAUCUGAGAUACUAAGAACAGGAGUACAGUGAAAACAGGAGUACACAGUAAAAACCUGCAUAUAAGAACCUAGUACAUGUAAAUGGUUGCUAUGAAAUUUAAGGCCACCUUAGGUUCUUGAUCAGGUGUGGGUGUGGUAUUGUACAUGCUGUCUGCCAGACUUUAAGUGUCCUGCUUUGCAUGAUUGGUUAACUAAUAUACACACAGUUAGAUAUGUUGCACAUCUGUGGAUCUAUUGACUGAACACUAUUGUCAGUGGUCUUAUAUAACACUGCCAGUGUCCUGGCUAAUUUCUGUUACCCAUUUUGAAUACCAGUGGUAUGUAAUGUACUGCUUAUUGUAAAUUAUAUUUGAAAAACUCCAUAUUCCAAAAAUAAGAACCUAUAUUGAGAUUUUAGCCUAGAAUGACUCUUAUGGGAAGGCUGCUUAUCUGGGAAAUUUAAGCCUAACAGUUUGGUGCAUAUUUGGUUCUUAACCCUUUCACUCCCAAGAUCUCAUUAGUAAUUCUCCUUACUGUCUGUCAUACAAUUCAUAUGAUGUUACCCUUGCGAAAUGGCUUUUGGAAUUCCUAGGAAUUCCUAGGAAUUCCUAGGAAUAAAGGUGUGAAUUUUCACGGUAAAUUCGGACUGGGAAUUCCUAGGAAUUCCUAGGAAUUCCCAACCAUAACAACUCUGGUUCUAAAACCUUGAAAUUCCUAGAAAUUCCCAGAAAUUCCCAGAAAUUCCAAGUUUAUAGCCAACAGGACUUGGAAUUCCUAGGAAUUCCUAGGAAUUCCUAGGAAUUCUAACUCAGAGAACCAAUGACUUUCCCUGAAAAGCUGUAAAUCUAAAAAAUUCCUAGGAAUUUCUGGGAAUUUUUGGGAAUUUUUAGGAAUGUUUAAGAAUUACUGGGAAUUUUAAGCAAAAAUUUGAGGCUAAUGAUAUAUAAUAAAUACUUUAAAUUAAAAAAACCCAGCUAAAAUUCAAGUAUUCAAUGAAAUUUAUUUAGAAGCUUAAUUAAGGCUUACAUGUAAAAUAUUUUUGAUUAAUUAACAUCAAUGUGUGGUAAUAUUAGGAUGGAAUUUGAUUUAUUUUUCUUUUCUUGAAAACUUCAUACGGAUUAAUCCUCAAUUACAGCUAUUCAUAUAAAAUAGUUCUAAUCAAUCAAUUUGGUUUGACACAAAUUGUGAAUAAAAUCUGUUGAUUCUUUUCCAUAAAAUACAAUAUCUUAAGUUAUAUUUGAAAACCAAGCACUCUUGGGAGUGAAGGGGCUAAUUACAGACAAAUAAAAUUGAUUUUUUGAUUAAAAUCUUGUUGUAACUGUAACAAUAAAUUAGAAUGAAGUUAUCCUAAACUGCAAACUUAGCUGCUGUUUGUACUGUUUGUAUUUUUUUUCCUGGGCUCACAAUGAGUUGGCCUUGAAUGAGGUUGUCAACAAGAACCUUGACCAUUUUGUAUCUGGAUUCCUUGACAUCUGAAUUUGAAAAAAAAUAAUAUAUUAAAAUAUGUAUAUUUAAAGCUCAGACCAGGCUUUUAAGAUGGCUAUGAGGAAAAGGGCAUUCAUUGAAUUCUCAAUUUGAGAAAUCUCUGUUAUAUUGAGUGACUUUUAUAUUGGAGUUAGUACAUCUCUCUCAAGGAUUUUACUAAAAAAGGGCUGAAUACAUUAUUUUGCUUUUACCAAGGAGGGCUUCUUUAUGUACUAAGGUUUGUUUAAUAACAGUUCCUAUUAUGAAUCUUGAAUGUUCCCAAACGUGACUAGAGGAAUCUUGAAACCUUACUGAUAGGUUUAUUUCAUUGUAAAGCAUAAGCUUAAGAAACUGCGGCAUGCAAGUGACCGAUUCGAUUCUCAGAAUUAUUCUAGUUUCAGUUGCGCCGAGCGUUAUGUAAGCUUAAUUCAACCCGCUACAUCUAUUCUUUUAUAAGAUUUUGAUCACGUAACGAAUAUCGCAAUUUUUACUCACCACAAGCUUUCAAAAUCGUAGCUUUACAGAUGGCCACUCGACCCUUGUUUGUACCAGUCAAUACGUCAACUGUUGUCCCUUCUUUUAACUCCACGGCGCCAACGACUUUCUUUUCUUUUACAACACUCACCCCAUUCUCGUUUUCCCAUUGAACCACAAUAAAAGCUAUCUUUAGAAAUGUUAUAUUAAGCAAAGCAGUUGAGAAAAGCGAUCAACCGAUCCAAAGUACAUUCAAAGAUGAGCGCCAAAUGGAGUCUUCUUUGUUUCCGAUCACGGGCAUGAUCACGUGGAUCCUUUAGGACUUGUAAUUGGCUAGCAAAGUGAAUCCGCUGGCUUGCCGAUUGCAGUGUUAAGAGAAGCGCCUAACUUUAUUCUGACUUCUCCGACCGGUUCUCUGCUUCUAGAAGAUGGAUAGCUUGGUGAUAUAAAUAAAGAUGUGAGCUCACUCUAUGUAGAAAUAAUCGAAAAGAAUCGAUCGUAUUACAAAUGCACGAUUUGUGGCCGAAAGUUGUCGAGGAAACAAAGACUCGAAACUCACUUGAGUUGUGUUAAUGGCCAAGGUGAGAAAUAACACAAGCCAAUCACUGUUUUGAAUGCGACUACAAAUCGUCUUUUACCCUCAUAUUUAUAAAAGAAGGAUACCACAUUCGGAAGUAUAAGAGAUACAUAGAUGAUCCCAGUGUACCAGUACCUAAAUCUACAAAGCUUGACCGUAGCAAGCGUUCAGCAACACGUUCCAACACCGCCAUCUCGAUUCCUCAGUCAGUCGUUUCCACUGAACUUAAAGCAGUAUUGACAACAGAGUAGAGUGCGUCUUACAAAGGAGAAACAUUUGUACAAGAGACAGGAGUAGCUAUAUGCGAUUACAGAGGUGCGUUGGAACUCUGGUCCACAAAUAGUUAUGCACUGCCCGAAGUAUAAAACAAUCUUGUUGAUAGCUGACAGACAGAGAAGAACAACAAGUAAACUUAAGAGCUGUUAUUAUUGAAGUGUGACUAUCACUUUUCAUUUUUAUAUAAAGAAGGACUUGUAAUUUGCACCAAGAAUAAAAAGAUGUAAUAUUUUUUUGGGAGAUCCAGUGAUUGGGACAUUUAAGAAAUUAAGUUAUGAAAGGAAACUUGGUUGGUACUUCUCACUACUAACAAGUCUUGUUGACAAAUAUUUUCAGAUCAGAGUUUCAAAUAAAGUAAAUUGAAGACGUCAUAUAAAAAGGUGUUUUUCCUCUAAGGGAACAUUGACUACCUCUGUCUUGUCUGCAUGCCAAAUGUUUGCAAAGUGUGUGGAUGAUCCACAAGUAUUGGAACUCUUACAAAACAUUUUUGUAAGAGUUCCAAUACUUGUGGAUCAUCCACACACUUUGCAAACAUUUGGCAUGCAGACAAGACAGAGGUAGUCAAUGUUCCCCUUUUCUUACAAAAAUGUUUUGUAAGAAUAAAAACAGCAAAACAAAUUACAGCAAUUAGUCAUGAAAAUAGAGCAAAAAACUGAAAAAAAAGGCAGCAACAACAAUCAUGAAAAAAGAAAGAUUAAUUAGGUGUUGAUUUUGUUUGUCUAAGGCAUGAAAUUUCUACUAAAAGUGUUGUCAACAAAAAGUCUCUGACAGCAUUUGAGGCAACUGAGCUUGACUGUUCCAAGGUUUUCUAACAAAGGCAACCAGUAAUGUAGGUUUGGGAAGUAAGAUAACAAUGUAAUUAUUGUUAAUUAUUGUGGAAGUUGGCAAUUUCCAUUUAACAUAACUGACAGCUGGUUCAUGAGAAAAUCCAUAUUAAUGUAAAGAUUUACUAAAACUUAGUUUGAGUUAUAAAUUUCAUGAUCUUUAAGUUAUAAACAUGUACAUGUAUGUAUAUCUCUUGGUAAGUUUUGUAUAGCAUACCUUUUAUUGAGCCAAAGUUUUAAGCCUCUGAAAUUACUCUUUUUUCUUAAAACCUCACAUUCAAGGUAUUGAGAAUUUCUUAGAAUUUAUGUGGACCUCAGGGUAUUAAAAUUGCCUCAAAUUCAAUUCCCAGAAAUUCCCAAGAGUUCCACACUUCUUAAAUUAUAGGUAGUUUGUAAAGCUGAGAAUUCCUAGGAAUUCCUAGGGAUUCCAAGUCCUCACAAAACUGGAGUCUUCCUUUCCCAGAAAUUCCCAGUAAUUCCAAGCUUUUUAAAUCAGAGUUAAUUUGCAUAGUUGGGAAUUUUUGAGAAUUCCUAGGAAUUCCUAGGAAUUCCUAGGAAUUUUUAGGAAUUCCUAGGAAUUCCCAGAAAUUCCCAGAAAACUGGGAAUUCGGUUUGCAAGGGUCAUUUGCAUAAUUGGGAAUUUUUGAGAAUUCCUAGGAAUUCCCAGAAAACUGGGAAUUCAGUUCGCAAGGGUAGUUUGGAGAAUUUGGAAUUGGAUCAAUCAAUAAUCCCCUAAUUCAUUUGAUAUUUUUCUUUAUUCUCAUCACUUGCCUUCUUGAUAUUGUGUUGAUAGUGUAAGGAGAAAUUCUAUCUUGGUCACUAGUGGGACUUAAAAGGGUUAAAAGAGGGUAUUUACUGUGCUAUAAAAAUGGUGCAGGGCAUCCUUAGCCAGAAGUAUGGCUGUGUAUUUCUAUGCACACUGAUUUGGAUAUAGUGAUAAUGGUCAAAAAUAAUUAUGAUAUUGAUAAUCAGUGAUACUCAGAUAUGGUUCUUUCUAAAAAUUAAUGAUGAUGGUGAUGUUAAUGUUAAAUAUAAAUGAUGAAAGUAUGAUCAGGUUUAGAGGACAUAUUUGAUUUACUAGCAGUAUUCUUCAUCUCCUAGAACCAACUGAACGUCCAGAUAUACGGCCUUGCGAGGCACAAUGCAGUGAGACAAACUUUACUGUCACUCUAAAAUGGAAGGUAAAAAUUAACAUUACUACAAUCAGAUCACUGGAAACACUUAGAAAUAUUCCUGGAGGAAUCUUAACUACUCUCAAUGACAGUAUUGAUUAUUUAUUAUUUAAAAUGAUUUACUCUUAUUGAAAAAAUUUUUGGCAGCUGGCAGCACAGAUUAAGACCCAAAAUAUCUACAAAAACCUCCAUUUGCAGUCCAUGUAGGAUGUAAUAUUUAUGUAGUACCCACCAAACAUUUUCACUCAUGCAGUUGGUUUCAUAGCAUCAUGUCACUGACUACAUAAUUAUAUUACAGCCCAAGUAAUAAAAAGGGGAAAUAAAAGGUGAUAUUACCCAAUUUUCAGACCUUGUGUCCAGCUUGAUUGUAAUGUAAGUCCUCCUCUAAAAGUUGACUCAAGUUAGAAUGAUAUUUGCUGACAUUGCCACAGGAGAAUUAAGAGAAUGACUUGUUUGCUCAAUCAGUUGCUCUGUAAAACUCAACAUCCAUUUUUGAUGUUGGUAAACAAUUUGUUCAUACAGUGCCACCAAAGAUUUUUAAAGGAUGAUGGCAACAGCGAUUUAUUAGUAUCAUUUUUACUUGAUGUUCUUGCAUUUGUAUUUUCUUCUUGAACAGUAAAUGUUCAUGAGCUGUUAUUGCUCAGCUGAAUACUUUUACUUCUUGAAACAGUUCAUGUCAAAAGACUGAUUUCCAUGCAAGCACAUGCAAUGAAUAUAUGAUUUAUUUCUUUCUUUUAUCUUAAUCCCUUUGAUAGGCAAACAACUUGCUAAUAUGGAAUGGAAUCCCUAAGAAGUCUGUUAUCAGGAUAUACAGAAGGAAUUCUUCAUCCCAAAGCAUAGAACACAUGCACCAAACAAAGUCCCUUACUGGGAGUCCUAUAAUAACAGUCCAUUUUUCCCUUGAGCCUAAUUACAAUGGGUCAUUACUGAGAUAUUCUGUGGGUAAGCUGAACAGCAAAGUGAAAUACUCAUAUGAGGUGCAGUUUUGUUCAAAUGGGGGUUGUGGCCCAAGUGCAAUGGCAGCACUAAGCUGUGAUUCUUGUGAAUUGCUGGGACUUCCAUCAGGUAAUGGCAUAUUCAGUAUUAUAUAGUCAACCUGGAGUAUAUUUAAGAUACAUGUAAUCUCCUCCUGACAGCAUCUCCAUAGAUGAGUCACAAUUCUAUGAUUACUAUGUGAUUGUGAGGGGUAAAUGUCUUAUAAGUGCAAAAAAAAUGGUGUUGUGAGUCUUCUCACAUUUAUUUAGUAGCCCCUUGGUGGAGAAAAGAAUCAUUUUCAAUUUUUACAUUAAUUGAGUAGGGCUUUAUGAAUUUAUAGUGAACUUGUAGUGACAAUUAUAGUGUCAUCAAUUGAGAGACAUUAACUGGUAUUUUGAGGAACCAAGGAGUUUCUUUAAGACUUUUGGUGUUUUCAUGAAUUAGGCUCUUUUUCUGGGAAUGCUGUUAUUGGCUAAUUAAAGUUGUGUGUGCAUUUCCUUUUUUCUAAAUUCAUUUAGUCAUUGAUUAUAUAUGGUUAAUCUAUUUACCUUAAUCAGCCUUAGGUUGAAUUUAGACGUUAUUGGACUUAAUUGUUUCUCUGAUAUUCUGAUGUAUUUUAGACUUGAAGUAAUUUAAAUGCUGGAUAAAUUAACGAUUAAAAGUGCUCUACCAACCAAGAUCUUUGAGAAUUUAUAAUAAGGUCAAUGGCAAGUCAAUACUGUUAGGUGCAUUGAUUUCAACUUAAAGCUUGUAAAAGAUUUUCUUUGGUCAGCUUGUGUAUGAUGUGUUUAGUUCUAGAAAAUCCAACCACAAAAGCACUUAAUAAGAAUGAAGACAAUAGUGACUACACUGUGACCUUGUGGGCAACAGUUGGUGUCGUCUCAAUUUGCAGUUUUGUUGCUGUAGUUGUUAUAGUAUGGACUGCAAAGAGGAAAAGCAACAGGUAUGUUUUUGUGCCAAUAUUUUCGCUACAUGGGAUUUUGCAGUGGAAGUAGUGUCAUGACCAUGGGUCACUUACCCAAAAAAAUGCCUAUCAACUCUUCAACCUCCAAGAUCUGAUUGUUAAUUCUCCCCCACUAGCUGCUACAUCAAGAUCAAAAGAAAAAAACUUUGAACCUACCUGAUGAUUUUAAAAUUAUUCCCAUCAUAUUAAUGUUUGCUAGAUAAUGUAUGGAUUUGUAGGGUGAAGGUAGCUUUUAAUCACUUUUGGAAGUUAAAGUGUUAAAUUACAUGCAUGAAACAAGCAAUGAAUAUUCCAUCUAUAUACUUUGUCAUCAUUGCUUGUGUUGGCUCUGAGCACUGAAUGACACAAUAUUAUAAUAUUAUGUGACUUUAACUAUUGUUGCUUCCCUUGAUGGCAUUGGUUAAUUUGGUAUGUGAAAGAGGCUCAGAAAUAUAUUAGAAGUCCUUCUGUUAAAGUGAUAGAGGGGUGAGUUUCUGAAGAAAAUGUGGUGCUGUAUUGGUGGGAGAGUAUAGCAAGAUAAUUUUGGUUUUAUCAACUGUAUUGUUAAUGUAAAUUGGCCACCAUAAAGAGUUUCAAAGCUGAUGUUUGGAGCGUUAGACCUUGUUAGCUUUGAAACUCUUUACGUUGUGAACCCUGUAACCCCUAAGAGUGACUAGCAUCUAAUUUCACCUUACAAUAUCAAUCCUGAAUUACACAUUAAGGUUAGGAGAAUAAGGAAAAUGAUCACCAGCUAAAAGAAGCUCUUGAUUUUUUUGAACAAAUUCUCCUUGUGGACCCCUUAGGAAAUGUAUAGGGAACACUAUGGAGAAUAUGCAAACAGAUGUUGGGGUUGAAAGGGUCAAAAUAAUAGUCAACCUGUUAUCUUUUGUGAAACACCAAUGUAGCCCCUUCUUUGGAGUUCUCAUUUGUUUUUCAUGCUGUCACUCUUGUAAGACCUAGAAAGUCUACCUCAAGGAUUCAACCCUGGCUUGGGUACUACUAAGUGCUUAGGGAGUUCGCUUUUGGGUAAAUAACUAACUAAAGAUAAUUUGACUUUAUCAACUGAGUUGAUCAUGAAAUUGACUAACACUCAAAUCAUUGGCUUUAGAAACUCUCUACAAUGGCCAAGUUAAAUUGAUCAACUCAGUUAAUAAAAUUGAAUUAUCCUGUAAUAUCCCCCAUUCAUGAAGCACCAAAAUUUUUGUAGAAACUUACCCACUUUUUUAACUUGUAAAUACCAGUAAUUCUCUUUAUUAUGCCUCUGACAAUCUGACUUGAGUGUCAAUGGCUACAAGCAGACUGUUAAGGAAUUGUGUUUCUAAAUUAAUUCCCUAACCUGCUCAGUGAACAUAUGAUUUUUUUAAAAUUUAAAACUCUUAAACUUUCUUGCUUUCUUUGUGGAAAUGUCACAAAAUUUCCAUCACUAUUUAGUACUACAUGUUGGCAGUAAAUACACAAGAUCUCAAUUGCGUUACAUUAUCAUAAUCAUCAUUAUCAUAAUCAAAAUCAUUACUGUUAUUUUAAAUGCUACUAAUAUUGUAUUUAUUAUUUUAGAUCUUGUGAUGGUUUUGGGUAAUUUUUUAUUUUUUCAGGCACGGGAAUUUACAGCUACGGGAUAGAGUAGGAUCCUUGGUAGGUCUCACCAGGAUAUCUUACACAACACUUAGCUAAUGCCUCAGCCAUUCAACAAUCAAAUGGUAAAAUUAUCAGGCGGUUGGUGUCACUCCAUCAAUCGAUGAAUAAGUCAAUUCAUCAACCAAUUACCAGUUAAUAAGUCAAUCAACCAACCAGUCUGUCAAUCAAUCAAUUAGUCGAUCAAUCAGUCAGUGAGCUGGCUAGUCAAUCAAUCAGUCAACCAAUUAAUUACUCGUUUAUUCAGUCACUCAGGCAGUAAGUAAAUAGGUCAAUCUGUCAGUCAAUCCUUCAUUCACUCAAUCAAGCAAUUAAUCCAUCAGUCUGGUAGUCAAUCAAUGCUUGCAUACAUAAAAUGAAGAAUUCUUGUGUUCUGAAGUACACAAUAGUUUAUUUUACAGAUGCUAGUGAAAUUAUCAAACCCAUUUUUAAAUCUGUGUUUAUUGGUUAAUUUCCUUUGUGUUUGCAGCCCAACAAUAUCUACGAAGGGUCUGACUGUACGGACAAGGCGUCGGAUAGUGAACCCUACAGUGUGCUGUUAUCGUCAGAAACCCAGCUGCUAAACGGAACUGAACAGGAUACAGAGCAAGUCUAGGUCGGCCCGCAGCCUCCUUGGCGAUUUUCCCAACGAAGAGUGCGAAAAAAUCUGCAAGCAAGUUGAUUUUGUUAGCUAAAAAGGUAGCCAUAGACAUAGCGUCGAGAGAGACAGCGAAAUAUCAUGUAUAACCCAUAAGCAGAUCUAUCUAACUCACAUUAUGGUCACUAAAGAUGUAACGAUGUUCCUGUGGGAUUUACUCUUUCGACUGGUGUUGUUGUAUUCGCGCUCUAGGUAAAGCUGCAUGACAAAAGACCCUCACCGCUGUUGGCAUGGUGCCUUCGCAGUCACAUGACCUCAACUGUUAUCAACGGAAGCUCUCUACCCGCAAACAUUUGAUACUUUAUCGUGCAUGUGCAGCAUCUGUAUCACAGUAUCAAAUGCCACCUUUAUCUCAAGCAUUGUUAUCCACGUUCAGCAUGCAGAGUAGGCGGUCUUGAGAGCAAAACAAUCGGAAUCUUGCCUGUUAUUUUUAAGUUCCAAAUUGCCGUAGAGUUUUAUAAUAUUUCAUUUAUCCAAGCUUUUUUUAAGGCGCUUCUGAGGCCUUUUUUGUCAAAGCUCUUUAGCAAACAAAAAUGAACUUCCAUUUAAGUAGAUAGGAUAUUUAUUGUCUGACGAUAGAUCAGGCUCCAAUAUAGUGGAAAACGAGAAAUUCAGUUCUAUUUAAAUUGGGUUGAGUUGCAAUGUGCUGUCACCCUCCCAUGUUUUAUUGUGAGAAAUAUAGUCUAAUGUAGCCCGCCAUCGUCGAAGUCGGUUCACUUCACGAAGGAGAUUAAUUAAUUUAAAGUAAGAUUUGUUCUACUAUUCCUUACGCGUACACGCAGAUUACUGACGAUAGGUUGUUCCACAUAGUCUGCAACGGAGCUCCUGAGCUGGGUGGGAAACUGCUUGGACACGGUUUUUCCACCUUUAUACUCCAUCAGAUUGGCACGCCGCGAAAAUGGCAGGGCCCUCAUUCGAAGUAUAAAAAAAUCAUAUUAAGGAGUUGAUCAUAAGACAGGGUUUCAUUGAAUGUAGCUAGAAAAUCAGUUCUUCAACUCUUCGUAAAUUCACAGUAUUUUAGUUUUAGGUCAGUACUAACUUGUAGCGCGACUUUUCCCUUUUGGCUAGGUUUUUGUACAGAGUAAGUCUUUAUUUAAUAGUUUUAUGAUGUGAAAGAGUUGUUCCUAUUUAUGUUUUUACAGGUCAUUUAUUUGAAACUAUGCAUCCAGUGUGAAAUUAGAAUUCAACUGAUGUUGAGUUAACUUGUUUUACGUUACUUAGGACUUAAUUUUCCACACGCUUAAGUUGUUGGUGCUUAUCGUGUAUCGUAUAUUUUUACGAUGAUCGCUACGUUUUGACUGCAUACUGCAAGUCUUAUUUAAGCGGUGAGUUCGGUAGAGACGGUUACCAGCAUGGAUGCGCGUCACCUUGAAGACGUUAUGCUCGGCUGUUACUGGCACAUUUUGAAUAAGUGUUCCCAUGACAGUCCACCGUCGCCCAGCUGUCACCGUGUCAUGGGGGUACUUUCCUCGAAAUGCGCGCGCUAAUCACAGCGAUGAGACACCAGCAAAUCACAGCUAAGUAGAACGGUCCACGAGGUGACACGUAUCUAGUGGACCUCAUCACCGGAAGAAGGAUAGUGGAAACGUUGCUAUCUACAUUAAAGAUAAACUAGCUACGGGAUUAUUUAAUUACAAGAAACGUUUCGAUAGUGAUGCAAUGGGAAGCUUUACAAAUUACAUCGUGCAAUUUGUGACGCGUGUCAUAAAAAAUUGUAGUUACUGUAGCUAUAGUUCAGCUCCUAAUUGAAAAAUGAUGUUUGUGACAGUUAGCUUAUACUUCCCACAAUUUUGACUACGCAAGCACCUAGUACACCCCCAGUGAUGGUUUUCUAACAACAAUAACUCAUGUAUGUUCUUUCAGUUUUUUCGAGAGCAAAAGGUUUAUAUCUUGUACACCUGAAGUGUAGCAGGGAAUAAUUUGAUUUUAGGCGGAUUGUAAGGUAACACAUGGGUGAAAGACUGGCAUUGACGGUCGUUCAUCAAUAGAAUUUGCUUUCACUAAUCAAUUUGUGAUUUUGGAGUACUCUAUUUUGAGAAGAUGUAUAUUCAGGCUGAAAUUUUACUUAAUAGAGGACCUCAUUAAAUGUAUUUUUGUACAAGUUAUUGCUUUUGUUGUCUGUAGUGUUGAGAUAGUAAGUCAUCUACCGCGAAAACUCAUCAGAAAGUCAAUUUCGUAUUUGAUCUGUGUGGAGUUCUUUUUUCAUUUUUAACUGCAAAUUUUUUACUUAUUUUUUUUAUUUUUUCCCAGCUUUCUCGAAGAGAAGAAAAGGAAACCAACUUACCCACUCUUAAAGAAGAGAACAAUCGGAGUGCUCAAAUUUCCUUCAAGACUACCUUGCCUUUAUCUUGCCAGUAGUAAUCACUAACAUAUUUUUGAGCAUGUUAAUAUUUAUACUAGGUCUCAAUGGGGCUAACCGGUACCGUUAGCCGUAGGAUUGCCGCAAAAUGGCCAAAAAAUUCCUUAAAUUUGACUAAUUUUAACCGUUAGCCGUAAAAAAAAGUGAACCGCAAGCUCUAAAACUUUUAUGUAUUUUAUCUUAAUUGUGUCCAAUGCGAUUACGAUAGUUAACAUUUUUAUCCCGAUAUAACCGAAAACAAAAAAAUUUUUGGCUUAGGUCUCCUAAGAGUCAUAUUCUGCGACUGGAAAUGUUUUCUUUCGCGCGGACAGACAGCCGGACUACUUUUCAGAUCUUUAGUUUCUUCAAAUCAUUCAGCAUGUGAAGGAUGGCUGUCCUAAAGGGCAUAACUAGUUUAUAUCGAGGUGGGGAGGAGAAGCCAAUCGGAAGAUAUGAGGGAACGAUUACCUUCGAGUAAAGUUUUUGAGGGAUUCCCUCCUUUUUGUUAGAAAAGAGGGGUGCAUCUUUUAGAUUUCGCUCACCAAUGGUUGUCGCUCUGACAGUUUUUCGUGAGCAUGUAAAUUAGGUUAGGCACUGAUGGUUGAUGUUGUGUCACAGUGAAUGACGGCAGUCCUCGAUCAAGAGACUGUACAAAAUUGUUUUGGAUACUGGGGUAAUCGAGUGAAGGAAGGAGAAAAAAACAGAAGGAUGAAGAGAUCCGGCGAGUGGAAUCUACCCGCAUCAACAUCAAUUCUCGCUUGGUAACGCUCACUACUAAAAAUGAAGAAAGUUGGUUUUGAAUGUUUUUAUUCCCAAGCAAAUAGUACCCACAUAUAAAAGAAGAAAAUCUUCAGCCUCUCCUCUUUCCACCGAAAUUAUGUCGGAACUCCACAAUAACCUGGCACUCGUAAGUCAUAGCUCUAAAAGCAAAGCUGUUCGGUGAUUUUUCCGGCACCGAAAAAGUGAAAAAAUAUCUGGAAGUAUUGUGAUCAAUAUGAAAAUCACCCUUACAACUGUUUCCACCUUGGCUGAUCAACAUGAAAAUUAAAAAAAUUCCACCUAGCUAGAAAAAUUAAUUAACUAUUUUCAUUAACCCUACCAAAAGUUUUAGUUAACCUUUUUUUCUUUCUACAUCAAAUACCUUUCGAAAGAGAGCUGAAUACUACUAAAAUGACUCUUUAACCCAUUAAAACCAGCAUAGCAAAUAAAAGUUCAUAAUCGUUUGUCCAUAUCCGAUGUGUUUCCUUCUGAGGCAGGACUCAUGAUGCACCCGAUGCAGCUAAUACACCAACAGGCUAACAAUGGAGCUGACAGUCACUUUAGACGUCAUCCCAGUGGCGGUCAUCACCAUGUCAGCACCGGUUCCAGAGAUGACACCAGACUUUGCAGUAAACCAGGCGUGGAAGAAGCCAGUCCGGUUUUGGUAGACACGGACUCGGGGCCGUGAAACCGAGGAAUCGAAAACUUUCGAGGUUUUGACUUGGAAAUUAAAACUCUCGGUUGUAGCUGUAUUGUAAACAAAGAAUAUCACCAAUCCUUUUCCGCCAAUGGGUACAGUGAAUUCACGUCUGGCAAAGAGAACCCUAAGCAGGGCGUGACCUGAUUGAACGAUGUUUGGGGAGUCGCGCUCAAAGUUGAAGUUCUUUUUGGUCUUGCCUUGCAGUUUCAAUUUAAAUGGGACGGUGGGAGUAAAGAAAGACGCUGAGAAAUGGGCACCACUUUUCCCCACUGAAUGGACUGAACCUACAUUCAAAACGUUGUUAUCUCUGCUCAGGAUUCCAAGUUUUAAUGACGUUCCAUGGAUCUUAUUUGCUGCCCUUACAAUCAAGAUGACGUGGGCGGAGUGACCUGUGAGUGUGAACCGGAAAAAAAGAGUUGUCUGUCACUAUUUACCAUUUAGAUGUGUCUGGUAAAUCUAGACUGCCGACUGCUUUUGUAAUUACAUCUGCGGAGUUGCUAUCUAGAGCACAUUUAAUCCUUUGUUUGUUUGUUUGUUUUUAUUUCAAUUAACAACAACCAUGAUUUGACAACGAUGAGCUUUUCAGUUAGAGGAAAAUAACCUUAUUGAAGCCCGUAUGCCAUCGGUACACACUAUUCCCAAGCCAAGCAAGUGAAAGAUGUUAAUCAAUAUUAACACGAUAUACCUUAAUGUACCCCAUCAACCCAAGAAUAACCUAAAGAAUCAUUUUCAGAAGUAAAGAAGUGUC